GGAUAGACCCUGACCGGUUUAGGAUCGCCGCUCUAUGCAGCCCAGCCGGAGUAUAAAUACAGCGGCCGCUCCACACAUAACGUCACUCUUCACUUGUUGCAGCUCAGAAACAGUUGUGGUGGAAACUAUGAAGAUCCAAUGCUCUGUAUUGCUCCUGGCGGUUUGCUUGGUGGCAGUCACCGCCCGCUCAGGUUAUGAGUUGCCUUACGGAGUGGAAUUGCUUAGAACUCAAGUUAUCAACUCAUUCUCCUGUGCCGGACGCCCAUACGGUUACUACGCUGACGUGGACAAUGAUUGCACCGUCUUCCAUGUUUGUUUUCCCGUCAGGGACGAACAAGGCAAUCUUCUCGAGGAGGCGCAUUUCUCCUUCAUGUGCGGUAACCAGACCGUCUUCAGUCAGGACACUCUGACAUGUACCGCGCCGGAGGAGGCCUAUCCAUGCAACCAGGCAGAGAGUCUUUAUGAUCUUUCCAAUGCUGACUUUGGUCGCAUCCCAGAAAUCCCGGAAGAGAAUAAUCUUGAUUCCGAACAGUAAUUUAUGAACUCCAUGCUGCUAUCUUAACCACUCCACAUUUUCCAUUUCUUAUUGUUAUUUUCAGCUCAGAGAAAGGGUUAUUAUAUAUAUAUAUAU